CACAUCGAUGUUCACAAGUUGUGCAGUCAGCACGUGCAACUUCAGUUAUCAUUAUCAUAUUCAUAACACGUUAGCAAAAAAGACCAAGAAGAAUCAGAAAAAAGGAAACAGCAGGAAAAAGGACAAGUUAAAAAAGGAGAAAACCAUGGUUUUCAAAAUGCUCAGUGUUCAGCUUUUGCUGGAACGCCUCCGUCGACCGAUUAAGACUACAAGCACAGCCAACAAAGGAAGACCCAUCAACAGCCCUGUGUUGGCGACAGGAAGACCUGCUGUUUUCACCAGCGUCAAACCACCUCGACCAAGGUCUGCCCAUCCCAGGAGGCAGAGAACAGCCCCAGAGCUGGCAAAAAGUUCCCAAGAGUCAGUGGAACUCAAAAAGGAGCACCUGGCAAACGAAUGGAAAAAGAUUCACGAACUUGAAGAGUAUUUAGGCCUCAGGCCAGACUCGACUAUGUCGAACGUUACGACAUCUACGAUGUCUGCAACAUCAAGGCACACCCUUCUGCCAGGUGCCGUGAGCGAUUCGGAGGAUGAUGUAGGAGAGGAAGAAGUGAUCAUCAACACCCGGGAUGUUGAAUCCCAUAGGAAAAUAGAGAAAGUAAAGAAGCGCAAAAGGAUAACCAUCCGAGGACGAGCGGCGCUUUCGUCUUUGAAGAGAACUUUAAAUGCUGCAAAGACGAAGUUCUUGGCCUGUUUCCAUUGAUUCUGUGCACACUGGAAUCCACGCCUCCCUUUGAAGCCGCCUCAAGAUAAAAA